AAGUCACAGCCGCACCCCGCAGAACACCACACCAGCAGGCAGAGACAGACCGGAGACCCUUUGCGCUACCCAGCAACAACAAACCCGCGCCGGAGAAGAACGCUUGCUGCCCCGCCCCCGCCCCGGAGUAGGAAUUCGCUGAGGAGUUCAACAUCAUGGCUCCGAAGAUGGCCACCCUUACCCGCCUCGUGCGGAGCGUGUCCGGACGAAACGUCGUGGCCGCCACCAUCAUCGAACACCCGGACACGAUCAAGGCCAACGAGGCCGCCGCCGCCGCGGCCGCCGAAAAGGCCAAGGAAAACCCGGAACCCCUGGAAAAGAUCAAGGAGGUGACGCCGGCAGAUGGCGGAGGUGGCGGUGCGCCUGCCAUUGCCUUUGCCGCGGCAGCGGCAGCAAUCGCCAAGGCCACUGGCGCUGGGGGCAAGAGUGCCGACGACGGAGGAGACAAGGGUAAGGAGAAAGAGGAAGAGGCACCGCCGGAGGCGGAGGAGGAGGACGACGAUGACGACGACGAGGAUUACGAAGAUUUCCCGACGUUCAUGAUGCCCCUGCGCGUGGUCACCAUGCAGUACCCGUACGGUAUGUACAUGGGCCAGGCGAUCCCGGAUGCAAGGCUUGGAAGCGACAUCCCUCACGGUCGGGGGAGCUUCUUCUACAACGACGGAGCCGUCUACGAAGGAGACUGGAACCGCGGCAACUGGGAGGGGCAGGCGGUCAGGACCUGGCCUCUCGGCGCUCGGUACGAGGGAGAGUUCGAGAACAACCUGCAGCACGGACAGGGCACCCUGAUGCUUCCCAACGGAGGCGGCGGCUACUCUGGAGAAUGGGAGCACGGCUACCAACACGGCAAGGGCAUCCUCACCACGCCCGACGGACAGACUUGCGAGGGAGACUUCGUGGAGGGCAACCCGCACGGCAAGGGCAUCAUGAAGACUCCGGACGGGAUGGUGUACGAAGGAGACUUCGAGAACGGCCUCCCCCACGGCAAGGGCGUUACGACGUACUUGGACGGCAGCCGUUACGAGGGAGAGUUCCAGGAAGGCGCGAUGCACGGCGAGGGUACCACCUUUACCGCAGAUGGGACCGUCAUCCGCAAGGGGGCUUGGGCCGACGACGAGGAAGUGACCGCAUGA